GCCUCUCUCGCGUAUGAAAAGCUCCCACGAACCAUCCAUUCGACGGGUAAAUCACCGCUCGCGACACCACCGGUGGUGGUUGAUACUGGAAUCGCGCCUGGACGAACGAAAGAAAGUGCUUCACGCGCGCAGUCAUGCCGCCACGCGAUAUAUGUUGACCGUCGCUCUUGGCUGGAUAGUCAUUCGCAAUCGAAGCGCGUAUCAAGCCGCACCGUGAAGCAAAAUCGCUGUUAGAAGAAUUUAACCAAAAAUGGUCGUACCAAUUCGGGAACCUCAGGAUGUGUUCGGAAACAAGAAGCGCAUCCGGAUCGAUACCAAUAAGGACAACCUGCAUAUCAUCGGCAAUCAGAACAGGAUAUUGAUCAAAUCGAACGAAGGAACGCUGAACGUGGUUGGAAACCUGAACAAUGUGAAAGUCAUGCGAAACAGUGGCAAGAUUAAUUACAUCGGCAACGAAGGGUCGAUCUACUUGAGCAACCAGAGCAAGUCGAUAAAAGUGAACUAUACUGGAAAUAACGCCAGGAUCCGAGUGUGUGAUCAUGAACAACUGUCGGACAGAUUCCGGUAAAACUGAAACCAUGGCGGUAGCAUCAGCAGCAUCUGUGUGUUUAGAGUGGCAGCAAUUUUAAAAGAAAAGACUGAUUGAGUCGAAUAAUUGUGGAUAUAUGUAAAAUAGGAACACGAGUGCAGCGUAAAUCAACGAAUAGCAUUAUGUAUAAUUACAUGACUCGGCACGAAUUCCCGUUAAUUUAUUUACAACCACCGAUCACCGGAGCACACGAAAAUGUGAAUCCUACUUAUCUGUAUGAAUCAUGUUUGCAUAUAGUUUGUGACAAUUUAAGUAUUACCGAACUGCCUGCCGACCAGGUGACCUUGCGUGUUCGUCUAGACAUUGAAAGUCGUUGAACUGGCCAAACGCUUGUAUUCGAGGCUUACAUGUAGUUCGCUAUGCCACGUUAUUUUGAUGGUGCAGUAACGAAAAAGACUGAUUAGAUGAUAAAUGAUUAUAUCUAAGUACCACUCGAAAUAAAUAGAAAAGUCUAUACACUUUGCCGAAAACAA